GAUGCCUUCAAGAAAAAAUAUUGUGAGACGUGCCUGUGUUACUAAUAAAAGUCAUCGUUUGUGGAGUGUUAAAGAAAAACUUAUGGUUAUCUUCUACUUGGAGCGUAUUAAUAGUGUGAGGGCAACCGCGAAACACUUUGAAAUCAAACCGAAACAAGUCCAUGAGUGGCGUAACAAAAAGCAAGAACUUCUGAAUGCAGCACCGUAUGCUUUAACACUCAAUCGUGAGCAUCGUAAUAUGCAACAUGCUGUUACUAGAAAUAUGGUAGUUAGGAAGGCUAAGGCUUUGGCCCAGACUGAUGAAAUUAAGAAUGCUUACCCUAACAUCGCUAGCUUUAAAUUUUCUAUUUUCUGGUUGAGUCAGUUCUUAUGUCAUAAUGAUCUUUCGAACCGUAGACGUACAACUGUUGCGCAACACCUUCCGGCGGCCCUGGCUAAAAAACAAACUCUAUGGGUAAAAGAAUCUUGGGAUGAAAUUAGUCCUCGUUUAAUUCAAAGUGCAUUUAAAUGCUGUGGUAUCUCGGUAGAAAUAGAUAGGUCGGAAGAUGAUUUAGUCUUUGAUUAUGAAUUGUUGGAUGAGGAGAAUGCAAGUAAUGAAAAUACUGAAGAAGUAUUGACUUUUGAUAAUAUUGAUGGAGACGAAUAUGAAGAAGUCGAAGUUGAUAAUGUUUGGGAAUAA